AAGUCACGUUGGGAUUGUUGCCAACAUUUGAGGAAGCUUUUUAGAGGGGAUGAGCCCCAAAGAAGGGUUGCUGGUAGAGGUGGUGCCAGCUUAAACUGCAAGCGUGUCUGGGAAGCCAAGAGGCAUUCUUCCAGUGCUGGGCAGCCCUCGCGGAGGCGGAGGAUGGACGCCGUGGCUGAGUGGACAAGCGGCACACCCAGAGUGGAGUUCCAUGAAGCGGAGCUGGAGGGAUCAGGAGAGAUUCAACACCAGCAGUCUAAUCCUCCUGAAGUUUGGGUGUGCGGCCACACUGUAGUCUCGCCUGAGAAGAGAGUGUGGUGUCAACCGUAUGGAACCCAGUUAGGAAUAGCCUCCAGCAGAGCUCGCGUCUCCUGGCUUGGUACAAGGGAGAUGCUGUGGGACCAGUUACUGCCCCUCAUUCAGUCCAUGGUGCAGCAAGGAAUUUCACCAAAUGUGAUAAUCAUACACCUUGGGGAAAAUGACUUAGUCCAACAGACAGAGCUAGGAUUAACGAUCACCAUGAAAAAUGACCUGACAACGUUGUGUAGGGCCUUUCCCAUGGCAAAGAUUGUGUGGUCGACACUGUUGCCUAGAAGAACGUGGCUGGGGGCACAGAAACCUGAGGCAGUUGAUAAGACCAGGAAGGCAGUGGUUAAUGAGCUCUCUAAAUUCUGCAGCCUCUCUGGCAUUUCUGUCUUAAGGCAUGACCAGAUUGUCCAUUCUGUCCCGGAGCUGUUCAGCCAAGAUGGGGUUCACUUGUCCGAGAUUGGGGCAAGCAUUUUUAAUGCCAACCUGCGGGAGGCAAUUGAAGCCUGCUUGUAGCUUUCCGGAAAUGGGCAGGGCCAAGUCUACUGCUUUGCUGAACUCCGCCCUCUUCGCCUUCCUCUUUUGCUGAAAUUGGCCCCGGCUUCUUAGCCUUGGCUCCGGUCCUCUUCUGCCCUUCCUGCUGGACAGUCUGUCCGUUGGCUUCCGACAAGUCUUUCAGAUUCUUCAGUAGGCUGCAGUAGGAGUCUUCGGCCUCCCGAGGGUUUGAGGAAUUACUCUGCUGGCCUCCUCCUCUUUGGAAGGAAGGCAGGGAAGGAAACUCAGUGAUAAGCCUGGAAAGUGUUGGAGGGCAGCUUAAUUCACCGCUUUAAUAUGGGGAAAUGGAAUGAUUCAGACCAGAACCUUAAAGGGUGGCCACCAGGAAUUUAUCCCCUCCUGACUGCAUCUGUCCCCUGAGCUGUGCUCACCCUUUCCCCCACAGUCCCUCCCCUCUCACUAAGAAUGUAAAACAGUGACUAUUUUUGUCUGCUUCCCUGCUUCUUAUUUAUGUGAUGAAAUGAGUUUUCAACAUGAUUUACUAUGAGCGUCACGUAAUCGUGAGUUGGUCGAUCACUUCACAUGAAGAUUGAAUUUUUAGCAGCAUUUGCGUUUCUGUGUACUGUGAACGCUCACAGGCCCUGUCUGCACAGAUGUUAAGAUUAUCUUGAUCUGCAACCUUGCCUUCCUGGUGAAGUUCUUUUAUCGAUGGCCCUUAGUCCCAGUUCAGUCUAGUAUGCUAUGUACAUAUGAUGUUGUCGUAAUAUUUUUGUCAUUAAUAAAGCUACAACCUGUAACCUCAGAACAUUGA